CCAGCACAACGGCCCCGGCUUCCACUACGUCGUCAUGGUCAGCAAGGAGGGGGGACAACACUGUCCAGAGCUUCAUCUUAAAUGACCCUUUCAAGGACCAUUUUGAAAUGCCAGUUGAUAACGUCUACCAGCCCUACACUGUAACAGUCAAGGCCGUCAACCGUAACGGCGAACCUGCAGAGCCUGCCAAGAGUCACAGGGGUUACUCCGGAGAGGGAGUCCCGCUGGUCUUUCCUGACAAUUUGACUCUGAGCGACUCAUCCCCUCUGGAUGAAGGACAAGCCCUGUUCUCGUGGACAGGGGUUGAAGACGACCCAGAAUUGAUUCGAGGAAAGCUGCAGGGAUACAUGGUCCGAUACUGGAAGUCAGGGGACCCAGACAACAUGUUUGAAACCCUGGUUCCACUCGAAUCCACGGAAACAUCGGGAACUCAAACAGUAAUCCGGAAUUUGCCGAUGUACUCCGAUCUUCAGGCUGACGUCACUGUUGCCAACACACAUUUCAAGAGCAUCGGCAGCAACGUCGUCAACUUCAGCACUCCAGAAGGAGUGCCGAAUCCCCCAGAGUACCUGAACGUGCUGCACCGUGGAGCCAUCCAUUUCCUGGUGGAGUGGGGGGAGCCAGCCAACACUAACGGUAUUCUGACUGGCUACAAAGUGGGCUACAAGCAGAUGGAUAGCACACACACAGGAAAUGUGACGGUUUUACCAGUGACCACCAGACGGCGCUCUUUCAUUAAGGAUCUCCAGGCCAACACGGAGUACCGCCUGUAUGUGUGGGCACUGACGUCGAAGGGCGAGGGAGACCCGAUCUACAAGGAUGCUAAAACGGCCAAGAAAACGACAGCAAUUACAAAGCCACAGAUUGUGGACAUGGAACCGACGGACACAGAAGUUGAAGUUACCUGGGAUCUCCAGAACAGCUCUGACACCAGAGCCGCCGCUUAUUACCGCCUGGAACACAAACUGCUGGGCACAGACGUCUGGAUACGCGGGGCGGGGAUAGACGACUUCCGGUUCUCCCAGAGCGUGUACGGCCUGCACCCACAGUCCACCUACGAGGUGCGGGUCGUGGCAAUGGACAGUGGGCAGCGGACGUACAGUGAUGCAGAGCAAGUCAGCACGGCGGAGAGAGAAUACGAGUAUGACUACGAAACAGACUACGGUUCAGGCAACGGAACCGGUGAUGACGAAGACAUGACCACUCAGGACGCUGUAACUCACAACGUACUCUUAGUCACGGAAUCGUCACAGCCAAAGAUGCAAGAGCUGACGACAGAAACCAAGAUGGCGGCAGCUCCAACAACAGACAGGGAACAUACGACUACACUGAUGUAUGAAACAGAGUCGUCCACGACAUCUCCUGUGUCAACCACGAAGGUGAUAGACAUCGAUGUUGGAAGCAAAGAUUCGUCAACAGAGCCGGGGAUAGUUUUACAUGGCAAAAAGGGUGAGGCCUACGAUGUUUCACAAAGUGGGGAUAUAAUCUACACUGUGGUCAAGAAUGACGGCCCAUUAGAUCUAAUAUGUAGGAUGAAGGGAUAUCGUUCCCGUGUCAAAUGGUACAAGGACGAUGUAUCCGUGCUGCGGUCAUCCGACAACAUCGUCAUGGUCGACCACCACCGGGUGACCGACGCUCGGCUCAUCAUCCUGAAGCCCAGGCUGAGUGAUGCGGGGAUGUACAAGUGUGUCGUCCACAGGAACAGUCCCAGCAAGGGCCAGUUCUUUCAGGUGACCUUGAAAAAGGAUGCCAAGGAGAAAUCCUGCGCUGUAUCGGGAAAUGACGCGAGUAGAGUUCAUUGGAGUGGUAUCGUAUGUGGCUUAUGUCUCGUCUUCCGAUCUCUGACUCUGUCUGUAUCAAGUUGAUGAAGCCCCCUCGCCAAUCUAGGACAGUUUAUAUAACAUUUCGUGAGGUAGGGGAACAAACUGGCAGCACCAUUUGUCAUCCAGGAAUUAUCAGAUGCCCGUGAAGGAACAGCUACUGUCAGAUUCAAGGAAACCAUCAUGCUUAAACUGGACCAUCGUCUCGUCAGUGCUUAAACUGGGACAUCAUUACGUCACAGCUUAAACUGGGACAUCGUCUCGUCAUUGCAGACAUUUUGGUGUGGCAAUUACUGGCUUAUACUAACACUGAAGGUUACCGUCUAUAAACGCAGCAGUGAGAGCACUUGCACAGACUAUAUACAAAUUGUGUACGCAAGCAUCGCUCCUGAUAUACCGGAAAGGAUCGUGCACUUAUGUUUCCACUUUUAUUGUCAUCUGCCGGCUCCUUUUGCAUCGUGAGAUUUAUGCAAACCUUUUUUCCACCUAUGUAUCUGCGAAGCAAAUUAUAAAGUAUCAAAUGUGUACACGUACAACGAAUAUAUGCAAGCCUGGUAACGGUAUCUGCUGAAUGUUGUUCCAGAAAAACGGCCCUGGUUAGGAACAUCAAGCUUAUUUAUGUACUAUUGUACUUAGUGUUGGGCUACGGUAUCGAGGUACCGAUAAGAAAGAAAUAGCCAAACAUGGGUUCAACAUAAACAUGACAUGUCCUUGUGUUCAGCAAACUCGAUAUAUCCAGUUGAUUGUAUGGUUACUAACUUUAAUGUUUCUAGAUUGAAUCAGAAGCCGUACAUAUGUGUAAGAAUCUAAAGUAUACAGUCACUGGUGAUAUAGCAGCUGUUGGUAUUUCCAACAUGGACGUUGGUUGGACCCUGAACACGUGGGCACUUAUUUAUUGAUCUUCACAUCGAAUGUAUCCGACCUUGAAACCUGUGUAAAUAUGCUAUGAACCUUUAGUGAUCUAAUAUGACUUAGGAAAGUUUCAUUCCCAUGCUUUUUGUACACACUAGUGCAGCUCGCCACAUGUUAUCUGUCUAUGUAAGUACAUUCCCAGUCAUGACACAACAGGCAUAUAGCCUGUAUAUCCCCAGAGCCCACAUCUAGGUUAACUUUAUCUAACCCUUAGAUCCAUUCCCGUGGUUGGUACGAUCGCCUGAUUUUCAUUUUACCAACAAUUCAAGCGUCGACGAGAGGGUAAGGGAGGUUACUCCAUAUUACCUAGACACCAAAGCCACCCGAAGUUUUAAUAUACAUUCACGCGUCCUUAAAAAUGGACGAAAUGUUAGAUCGAGUAGCGUAGCCAAUCAAAAUUGACAAUGGUUAAUCAAGGCAGGUAAUAUUGAGAUUGUGAGGACCCCGGAAUGGAUCCCGGGUUAGUGUAGGUUUGCCGACAUAUUGCCAUGGAGAUACAGAACCACGGGGCUGGGUACAUAUCUGUCUUCGAAUCUCUGUUUCAACUUAGAUGCGACGAACAACCAGGGCACUGAGCAAAUAUACCACACCCGAGUAUUCAAAUAAUGUCACGCUCUCAUCCCGUCUAGCGGUCAGUAAUGUCCACUCGUUUUAAUUACCUAUUUAACAUACCAGUAUUUGCUGGUUACAGUGUUUAGAUGUGUAUCAUUCAACUCAAUUUUUUCAGAUAUGCCAUCUAUAAUUUAUUUUUCAAACAAUUACCCAAAUCUUGGCUCAUGCAAGUUUCUUAUUCUAUCCUGUCUGGAACUGAAUCACAGGUUGUGAACGUUCCAGUGACUGGGUACCCGGCAGGAUGAGAAUCUCCCCUUCAGCAGGCUUUACUAGUAUUACUUUCCUUGCCCUGGAGGAACGAGAGUUGGUAUGACCCUCAUGUCAUACAAGCGGUGUAUUUUGACAUUCGUCAUUAAUAUCAACCUUUCCGAUUGGUCACGACAGUUAGUACAGGAAGGAGCUGUUCAACAACCUCUGUCUGAUGUUUUGGUGUUUGUCAUUAGUCUUGCGAACGUAUCAUCAUAUGUUGAUUUCUCAACCAUGUUUAUUUAUAUUGUACACAACCAUCACGUUCAUGCUGUAAAUAAACGCACUCUCUGUUCAUGUAUUUGA